GCCGCUUGAAGUCCCGGACGUCGCUUCGCUUCAGGGGCCGCCUCCGCUCACUUUCACGCGAGAUACCGGGAAGCCUCGCGGGAGCUGGAUUCAGCGGGAGCCGGGAAGGAUUGCCGCCAUGACCUCCGCUUUGGAGAACUACAUUAACCGUAUCCUUCCGCGGGCGGCCUGUCUGUCGGGAGGGGGGGCGCGCUGCAUUAUGAGACCGGGCGGGGGGACGACACACUGGUUUGAAGCGGAAUUCUGCGCCUGCGCGUUAACGCUCCUGCUUUUCCUCGGUUACACGCGAGAAUUUCCAUCCUUUUGUGGGCUGGGUUGCCUUGGGUGGGAUGCGCGCAGCCACUUCCGCUGCUCUUCUUUUCUUUUUUUCUUUUUUUAAAUGGUUUUUAACCAUUUGAAGCCAGCCUCCAUCCAUCUUCUCCCCUCCAGAAGGUUUGGGAUACAGGUACUCCCCGUUCGACACAAAGAGGGAGCGGUUUUGGACUACAACUCCCAUCAGCCCUUGCUAGUUAAUCAUCCAAGAUGGCUGCUCUAGCUCGGGGUCAAUGGGAAUUGUGGUCCAAGAUUGGCUGGACUUACUAGGGGUUGAUGGGUAUUGCAUAGUUGUCAACUUUCAAAUUUGAAAAUAAGGGCUCAGCAGCCUUGAAAAUAAGGGAUCGGCAGCCUCACCUGUCCCAGGGACAGUCUACGGGAUAUCUAACAAUCCAGGAAAGCGGUGGUAAACGGCGCUGGAAUAAGGGAAUUUUCCACAAAAAAGGGAAGGUUGACAGCUAUGAUAUUGUAGUCUAAGAUUUGCAUCUCAACAGCAAGGGCACCCCCCCCACCACACACAAAAAAUCCUUAAAACAGGUGGGGCAUGGGAAACCUUUUCUAUCGGCUUUGGUGAUUGCAAGAGGUUGAAUUUCUCACUCUUUCCUCAGUUCUUUGUGUUCUGUGCCCUCCUGGUCUACACACCUCUUCAACCUCACACUCAGCUUCUUAAAAGGCACUAAAUCCAGAGGAAACUCCUUUUCCUGUUGUUUAUAUGUAUGUUGUUUCAAAAUAUUUCUUUAACUUGAGUCUCAGGUACUGUUGCUGUAAUUACUUCAGACGGCCGAAUGAUUGUGGUAAGAAUUGCUUGUAAAUAUAAGUCUUACCCUGUUUUUAAAUAUGUAAAUGAUUGGAAAUGUUUUGUACUAGAUUAUACUUACGUGGGAAAAUAAAGCCCUGAUCUUUUAAAGGCGGUUGAGUUGUAUUUACAGGAAUACACAAGUAGUUCUGUAAGCAGAGUGGCACUUAGGAACACAGGAAGCUGCCUUCUACUAAGUAAAACCAUCUAGUUGGUCCAUCUAGCUCAGUACUGUCUCCACUGACCAGCAGUGGUUCUCCAGGGUUUCUGGCAAGGGUCUCUCUCCCAGACCUACCUGAAGAUGACAGGGAUUGAAUGUGGGCUUUUCUGCAUUCAAACAGAUGCUCCAAACACUGAACUAUGGCCUUUCCCUCAGACUUUGAAGUAGAUGCUUAGGCUGCACACAUAUCUUGGCUUUUGCUGGACUGCAAGUUGUAAUACAAUUCAUCAGACAUGUCAAGUAAAAAUGUUCUGAAUUAGGUGCCACUGACCUUAGUGCUAUGUGGUUAUAGGCAAUUUACUAGAAGUGAGCAUUUUGCCCAGGUCCUUGCUGAAAAUAACUUAAUAUUACUUCUGCAAAAUAUGUCUAUCCUAGAAGAGCUGGAAACUUGUUUGAGAGCUGAACAGAUACAAAUUUUGCAGGAGAUAUAUAAAUAUCAAUGACAGCAAGUUGCAAAUCAGUGACCACUGUUCUCAAAAGCCUUAUCUUCCUACUUUUUAAGGCUGCUGUUUGGGAAAAACAAAAGAACCCAUGGAAAAAUGAAUUGCAUUGAUAAGUUAAAAUCACUUAGUGAAGGGAGUUCCUCUGAAGGGUUACGUAAAAAAUCUUUUAAUCAUUAAAGCUUUAUCAUAGUAAGUGGUGUAAUGUUGUGUUUAGGACAUGUUUAUGAAUUGAGAUAAAUAUUGAGAAUUUGGAGUACUUCAUUGUUUUUCAAUUUACAUUUUUAUUUCUUAAAGGGAACUCUCAAGGGUUUUGAUCAGACCAUCAACUUGAUUUUGGAUGAAAGCCAUGAAAGAGUGUUCAGUUCUUCACAAGGAGUGGAACAAGUAGUAUUGGGAUUGUACAUUGUAAGAGGUGAUAACGUGUAAGUUUGCCUCACCCUCCUUUUUUUUUUUUAAUAAGGUAAUGCAAUCUGAGCUAAAGUAGCAAAGCAUUUGCUUAGCUCUCAAGGGGCCAGAUUCAACUAAACAGUUGUGCUAGUUAGGUACAGCGCAAGUAGUCCCACCAGCACAACAUACAUUCACACACUUGUUCACUUUCUGUCCCCCAGGUUGGCUCUAAUGGGGUCAGGAGAACCCCCAGAACAGCACAUGGGGUGAUUGUUCCACCUGGCAAAAAGAAGUCAAGGACCUUACAUGUCUGAUGAAAGUACAAUCCAUUCUUUUCCAGGUGGAUAUCAGAGAAUCAGAGUUGAAAAGGACCAGGAGGGUCAUCUAGUCCAACCCCCUGCAAUGCAGGAAUCUUUUGCCCAACGUGGCAACCCACAACCCCAAGAUUAAGAGCCUCAUGCUCUUCCCUCCUGAGCUACUGUAGCUUGACAUUAUUUCAGAAAGUUUCCCUUUUGAUGUCUCUGUUUUAUAGUUCAUAAGUAACUAUAACAAUAGAUUAUAUAUCCAACAAAAUCAUGUCCAGAGUAGACCAAUUGAAAUAACCUGCUAAGUUUUUCUGUGCUGUAUGUUAGGAUAAAAAGAUACCGUACUGUUCUGUGUAUAAGACUAUGUUUUUUUACUCUAGAAUAAUGUUCAAAAUCUGGGCUCGUCUUAUACACAGAUAGUAUCUCCCUCCAUUUUCUUAAAUGGGAGUGUCUUAUACAUGGGGGCAUCUUAUAGAUGGAAAAAUACAGUACUUGCUGAGUGGAAGAAAUAUUGUUUCAGCCUAUCAACUUUGUUUCAGAGCUGAAGCAUUUCACCUGCAGGAGUUUACAAUACAGUACUUUUCUUUUCUUAUAGGGCUGUAAUUGGAGAAAUUGAUGAAGAGACGGAUUCAGCCCUUGACUUGGGGAAUAUCCGAGCAGAACCUCUGAACUCAGUUGUACACUGAAGAAAGAAGUGUGUAUAAAAGGACUUCAGAAAUAUCUGGCUGUACAAAACUAUUUAUAGGACGGCACGGCUACUUUUCUUACAAGUUGAGGGUAAUUUUGUGUGUUAUGGUUUGAUAUGUAUAAUAAAGUCUACAUUUUAUUGAAGCCUUGUGAACUUUUUUUUUUUAAAAAAAACCCAUGACGCAUUAAAAUAAUAGUAACCUUUAAAGUAGUCUUGCACUACAUUUCUGACUUCGUAAAGUAAGCAUGUACCUGGUGUGUGCGCUGGCUGGGGCUUAUGGGAGUUGUAGUCCGAAACAUCCAAAGCACACCAGGUUGGCAAAGCCAGAAAUAAAAUGCAACAACACACACUGCUUAUCUCACUGUGACUAAAACUCAGACUGGGGAAGAAAAGGGUUCCCUAUCCCUGCAUUAUAGGGAAGCACAUGACUUGGGGAUGAUUCUUGUUUUGACAUCUCCAGACCUUUAUCAGAACUGGAGCAUUGGAAGGGACCCCAAGGGUCAUCUAGUCCAACCCCCUGCUAUGCAGGAAUUGCAGCUAAAGAAAAUCCCUGACAGGUGCCCCCCCCCCAAUCUCUGCUAAAAACCUCCAAUGAAGGAGAUUCCAUCACCUUUUGAGGGAUACCAUUCCACUAUCCAACAGUUCUUACUGUCUAGUUCUCGUUCAGCAUCAUCAAUUUGAACUCCUUUUACUUCCAUUUCAAAAGUUUGAUUAGAAAUCCUACUAUUAUUUUUUAAAGCUAAAGGCUUAUUCUGACAAAUUUAUCACCACUUGCUAGGAAUCUCUUAGGGACCCUUUGCCAUCCUUGGUUGCCAUUAUAGCACAAUUAUAGCCAUAAUCACACAACUGACCAGAUUAGCCGCAAACAGCUGCCCAAACUCAGCACUUUUAGUUUUUUUUAAAAAAAGUUCCCCAUCGCAUCAUUUUAUGUGUUACAUUUAUAUCCCACCUUUCUUCGAAGGAGCUCAAUGUGGCAUGAACGCUUUGACCCCCCUCCAUUUUUCCUCACAACAACCCUGUGAGGUAGGUUAGGCUGAAAGUCAGUGAUGGGCAGGGAGAUUAAUGGCUGAGCAGGGAUUUAGAACCCUGGUUCUCCCAGGUCUGACACUAACCACUAUACCACACUGGCUCUCUGUUUAGUAUUAUAAAAAUGAAUUUCCUACUUGUAGAUGGCACAUGUGUUUGCGGAGCAGUCUAUAGCCGAUGAAAGCUUAUGCCAGAAUACAUGUGUUAGUCUUUAAGGUGCUACAUGAUUCUUUGCUGCAAGAGACUAGUAUCUCAGGUCCAGCUUUCAGGCUUCCCAGAGACAUCUAAUUGGCCACCAGAGACAUCUAGUUGCCCAAUGUGAGAACAGGAAGCUGGGCGAGUUGGACCUCCAGCUUCAGAGCUCUUGUGAUGUCCUCAAACCAGCAGCUUCAAAAUCUGCUCUUCCGGUCAUGGUUAUUCCUUCCUCUGCUGUACUCCGCACAAAGCACCAUUACUGGGUGAAGCUUUUCCGAUUUCCUCGCUGUUGUGACGCCUCAUCUGUCCCACUCGGACUGUUCUACUUCCAGCUGCUCUUCCUGUGCAACUGAGAGGAGGAGAGCUCUGAUGUCAGGUGCCUCUGAAAUGCAGGAAGGGGCGUGGGAUACAGGAUAUGUAAGAUGAUGCGAUUGUGGAGAAAGUGGAUCAGGCAGAAAACUCAUAUUGCUAGAAUUCAGGGCCAGUCAAUGAGGUGGAAUGGUGGAAAAUACAGUGGUAUCUCAGGUUACAUAUGCUUCAGGUUGCAGACGCUUCAGGUUACAGAUUCCGCUAACCCAGAAAUAGUACCUCGGAUUAAGAACUUUGCUUCAGGAUGAGAACAGAAAUCGUGCGACGGUGGUGCGGCAGCAGCAGGAGGCC